AUCCGUUUGCGGUGGUAAAGCCGCGGGGCGGGCAAACUUUUCCGUUUCAGUUAUACCCGUGCUCCUGACGAACAAACACCGCUUUCACGGGUGUACUCUAAAUACAUAAUAUACCAUUCGCAUUCUACGGUAUACAUAUUUGUAUCACACUCACCAAUAGGUGCCAAGCAUAACAGACGUAUUUAAAUUAAACAACAAUGGGCGGAUUUCAACAAAGACAAUGGACGCCGACUAAAAGACGAGGCCCAAUAGCUGCCGAAUUUUCCGGUCCCGGACCAGCAGCGGUUGCGUUACCAACUCUCGUCGGAAAUUUAGUACCAGAAUCCAAACGUGGACGUGCACCAGCUUUUAGUUUUGGUGCAAGACAUAACGAAAAAAAUGACAGUGCCGGACCAGGACCAGGCCAAUACAACAUCACCGGAUUGAGUGCAAAAGGCAAAGACACGCCGCCAGCGUCCACCCUGCACUCGAGGCCCAAGGAAGUGAGGCCCGACAACUUCCCGGCCCCGGGCGACUACAACCCGGAAAAGUCGGAGAAGGUGAUCCAUGAACACUCGCCGCAGUACACGUUCGGAUUGAAGACGCAAGUGGACAAGCCGAACCCGAACCCGGCGCCCAACGUGUACAACAUACCAACUGUGAUGGGCGCGGCCAAGGAGGGCCACUUCAAGGCGGCCCCGUCAUUCAGCAUAUCCGGCCGGACUAAGGAAUUCCCGGACGGCCGAUUGCUGAACCCCGGCCCGGGCGCUUACAACGACGUAAGCGCAGACAGUAUUAAACCGAAAUCGCCGGCGUACACGGUCAGCGCCCGGUACAACAUGCCCGGCGACAAUUCCCCUAGACCCGGCCCGGGAGCGUAUUCUCCCGAAAAGGUUCAAGUCGAUUUGCAACCAGCACAUUCGUUUGGAAUUAAACAUUCACCGUAUUCUAAUUCUUUCGGCAUUGGUUACUGAGUGGAAAUGAAAACAAUUUAACAAGUUUAAUUGAAACGCCUAACAAAAAUAUUGCUUUUAAAUACAAAAUGAAGCUAUCAGGACAAGAAUUGUUAUUACCUACAUAUUAUAUUAUGAUUUUUUUUUUUUUUUACUGUAAAAUUAUUAUUAUUUUGAAAAACAUAAAAAGUACGAAAUAUAUCAAUUAUUUGACUAACAAAAAAAUAUAUGGAAUACAUUAAACUAACAAAAAAAAUUGUACUUUGAACAAAUACACUAGUUAUACAGUUGUCUUA